GAGACACCCCAACACUCCCUUCACUGGGUUCGGGGAAGAAGCGGCGUGUAUAACUCGGUCAGCGAGGACCAUGGCACAGGGGAAGUUCUCGAAAGGAGAUUUUUAUGCCUGAGGAACCUGUUCAUUUUUGUGAUGCCCUCGGAGCAGAGUUGGGCAUUGAGUCUUAGCUGUCAUCGUCAUCGGGAAUUACUGAGGGACAUUUCCAAAGGAGGAGGGAAGGGGAGGGCUGGGGGCCGAGGGCACCGGUGGAGAUAGGAACCCCAGACAGGAGGUGUGCACAGAGCAGGGAUGGACACCAGCCCUGGAGAUGGAAAGGUGGCUCCGGGUUCAAAGCCCACCCUUCCACAUUGACCAUGAACAAGCGGCAAUCAACUUCGCAGAGGUACCAGGAGAAUUCGAAGGGGGUAUUUCUGACGCGUGAAGGAGUGUGACAUCGAAUUACUGUAGUUCUUGUUCUCCUGUUGUGAUGGAGACAAUAAGCGUUCUGGCUCCCCUGAGGACAUCCCAGCCGGCGCCCUGGGUCUGUCAGCCAGCCCCGCCCAGGGGCCACUCCAGCAGGCUGUACCAGGGCUCCAGGUGGCAGGAGCUCCCCAUUCUCGGCACCAUGAACACCAGCACUGGCCCAGAAGCUUCUCCCAAACGGAGUGCCAAGUCUAUCUAUGAACAGAGGAAGCGUUACUCCACUGAGGUUAUGGCCGAUGUUUCCCAAUAUCCAGUCAAUCACCUGGUGACCUUCUGCCUGGGUGAGGAGGAUGGCGUGCACACGGUGGAGGACGCCUCGCGUAAGCUGGCCCUCAUGGACAGCCAAGGCCGCGUCUGGGCCCAGGACAUGCUGCUGCGCGUGUCUCCCAAACACGUUGCGCUGCUGGACCCAGUCUCCAAGGAGGAGCUGGAGUCGUACCCGCUGAGCGCCAUCGUGCGUUGCGACACGGUGAUACCGCCGGGCCAGAGCUGCUCACUGCUGCUGCUCGUGUGCCAGGAGCCCGAGCGCACGCAGCCCGACGUGCACUUCUUCCAGGGCCUGCGUCUGGAGGCGGAGUUGAUCCGAGAGGACAUCCAGGGGGCUCUGCACAACUACCGCUCGGGCCGCGGGGAGCGCAGGGCGGCGGCGCUCAGGGCCACGCGAAAGGAGCUGCAGUGCCACCCCUCUCCCGCCGCCGAGACCCCGCCCCCGCAGCACCGCCCGACGGUCCGCGCCGCGAUCAACACGGCGGAGCCAGCCGCGGGCCGCGGGCGACCCCAGGCGGACCCCAUCCCAGAGACUGAAGAGAUGCGGAGGCCGGGCCGGGCGGAGGUCUGCAGCAGCGCUGACCCGGCCUCUCGGGACCUGGGCCCCCGGGGCCCAGACCUGGCCAGUCUGCAGGCGGAGCGGGAAGUGGACAUCCUGAACCACGUGUUCGACGACGUGGAGACCUUCGUAUCAAGGCUGCAGAAGUCUGCCGAGGCCACCCGAGUGCUGGAGCACCGAGAGCGCAGCCGCAGGACCCGGCACCGGGAGGCGGGGGAGGGCCUCCUGACGCUGCGGGCCAAGCCGCCCUCAGAGGCUGAGUUCAUCGAUGUGCUUCAGAAAAUCAAGUACGCCUUCAGCUUGCUGGGCCGGCUGCGCGGCAACAUCGCCAACCCCUCCUCCCCAGAACUGCUGCACUUCCUGUUCGGACCUCUGCAAAUGAUUGUGGACACCUCGGGCGGCCCCCAGUUUGCGAGCUGCGUGCGGCGGCCGCAUCUGACUUCCGAGGCUGUGGCGCUGCUGUGGGACAACGUCACCCAACUUGAAAACACGCUCUGGACCUCGUUGGGGGACUCUUGGACCCGCCCGGGGAUGGAGCUACCCUCAGAGGAGGGACCCCCAUACAGACCUGAGUUCUACAGUGGCUGGGAGCCCCCAGCCACGGACCCACAGGGCCGCGCCUGGGAGGACCCAGUAGAGAAACAGCUACAGCACGAGCGGCGGCGCCAGCAGCAAAGCGCUCCUCAGGUCGCUGUCAAUGGUCACCAAGACCAGGAACCAGAAGCUGAGCCCCAGGGGCUGGAGCCGGCGGGAAAGUGGGUCCUAUGUAAUUAUGACUUCCAGGCGCGCAAUAGCAGCGAGCUGCCCGUCAAGCAGUGGGACAUACUGGAGGUCCUGGAUGACCAGCGCAAGUGGUGGAAGGUUCGGGACCAGAGAGGACAGGAGGGAUAUGUACCCUAUAAUAUCCUGACACCCCACCCGGGGCCGCGCCUCCACCACCAGCCUCGGCCCCGGCUCCUCCCCCCCCCGCCCCCUCCCCCACCAGCGCCGGCCCUGGUUCCGGCUCCCGGUCCCCGACCAGCGCGGACCCAGGCUCCGGCUCCGGCUCCGUCUCGGUCUCGGUCUCCCAGGGACAGCUGCGAGAGCCUCAACAACUUGGACUCCAGCAAGAAGGAGAAAUUCUCCCAGAUGCUCAGUAUCAACGAGGAGCUGCAGGCACGCCUGGCCCAGGGCCUCAUGGGCCCCAGCCGCGCAGCCCCGGGGCCCCGCACCCCGGAGCCGCAGCUCAGCCCGCGCUCCAACGCUUCGGAGGUCCGCGCCUGGCUGCAGGGCAAGGGCUUUAGUUCAGGGACCGUGGCCGCGCUAGGCGCACUGAGCGGCGCGCAGCUAUUCUCGCUGCAGAAAGAGAAGUUUCGGGCGCUGAGCCCCGAGGAGGGGGCGCGCGUGUACAGCCAGAUCACAGUGCAGCGCUCGCUGCUGGAGGACAAAGAGCAAGUGUCAGAGCUGGAAGCGGUAAUGAAGAAGCAAAAAAAGAGGCUGGAAGACGAGGUGGAAACGGAAGUCAUUUGAUCCUUCCCCGCCCCUCUGCUAAGUUUCCAGGCAGCAGCCCCGCGGGAGAACGGACUCUGCAGACUGCCCCCACCAACGGAAGUAGAUCCCUCCAGGGAUCGCCGACCUGUUCCAGCCUUGGUCUUCCCCCGUCCGGUUAGAUAAAUCGGCCCGCCCAUAAUGGAGUCUCCUGAGAAGUGCUCUCGGAUUGGCCGAGAACGGGCAUUGAGACAAUUUAGGGCAAGUGCUUGCGCUCGGGAGCCCUGCGUAUUGUGAUAAUGCUGCCCAGUCUAUAAAUAGCCUCCUCUUA